AUGGACUGGAAAGCUGUUGGCCAUAACAGGUUGUUAGAAUUGAAUGAAAUGGAAGAAUUUUGGACACAGGCAUAUAAGAAGGCUAAACUCUACAAGGAGAAAACCAAGUGGUGGCAUGAUAAGAUGAUUAUGCCAAGGAAAUUUAAACUAGGACAACAAGUGUUGUUGUUCAACUCUAGGCUCAAAUUGUUCACUGGUAAAUUAAAAUCUCGCUGGUCAGGUCCAUAUGAAGUAGCUCAAGUCUAUCCUCAUGGAGCUGUUGAUGUCAAAGAUAUGAAAACGGGGGUCACAUUUAAAGUUAAUGAACAAUGCUUAAAGCACUACUGGGGUGCUCAUGUGGAUCAAGACAAUUCUUUCCAUGAUUUCCAGAGACAGAAUAAGGAAUGUGAAAUUAUCAGUUGUGCUUCUGCUGCAACAUUGUGA